CGGGAACCAUGUUUCUUUAUAACGCAAACGGAAAAGAAAACUGACAGAAAUCUGACAGUACCAACAGCAACAGCACAAACGACGUGUCUUCUGCUUAUCUGUGAUGUUUUGCCAGCACUACAAAAUUCUCAUAGUGUUGUUUACACUUAACCUAGAAAAUAAAGUUCAUCAAAGUUCAAGUGUCGUUUGGUGUCGUUAAUGUUAGUGUUCGAGGAGUAUAACAUUAAAUAGUUGUUCAAAGGCAGGAAAAGCAAAUAUUUCGUGGAAGUACGUUUUGUAAACAUUUUGUCUGCGUAGGGCACGUUUCACUCCAUUUCAGGAAUAGUCUCAGUUAUUGAAUGUAAUGAUGGCUGUGAUGUGGGAUGGAUUUUCAGAGGAAGAUAUCACUAAGAUGAGGUCAGGGUUGGAUGUAGCAGAUACCUGUCAUAGCAGCCAUAAAAACUAUACCGAUGUUGGUGCCUCUCACAACGGAAAGAGAAAACCCACCCUUGGAUCAGUUAGAAAAAUUACUGAAGAUGGGUUAACAAAAAAUGGCACUAAACAGAAAGAAAAUGCUACACCUGAUCUUCAGUUGAGGGAGUUGACAAGUCAGGUCAGUAGCGAGCUUCGCAGUCUUGAAAGCGGUACUGAACCAGUCUCCGAAUUCUCUAGGAAUUCUCAAGAUGCUACCUCUGGUAACAAAUUGGAAACCAAUGAUUUCUCUCCUGAAACAUUACAGUCCUAUAAAAAUUUAGUUGAGGAUCAAAGGAAAUCAUUAACGGCAAAGCUAGUUUUACCAUCUUUGUCACAACCACCCCCUGCUGCCAUCAACUUAAGUGAUUUCAGAGCUAAGCACAAGCUGAUGGAAGAACAGAAUCGAGCUCGGAAGGUUUACUUGGCGAAAGCACUUGAAGAUAGACACCAAGGAAAUCCAAAUAUCCUACCAAUCAGGAAAAAGCAAACUCAUGAAGAACAACUCCGUCUAAGCAUGAUUCAAGAGGAACUCCAAAAACUAGAUCAGCGCCUCAGUUGUGAUGUUUCUAUUAUUCGCAACCAGAUUGAAGCAGCCAGUCUUGAAUUCAUGGAAGCCCAGAAACGUUAUGACCGAGCAGAAAAGGAAUUCCUUGAUGCAAAACUUCUCCUCUAUACCAAGUUGGAACGAAAAGAGUUGCUGACACAUCACCUUUGCACUAUUAUUGAGCAAAACGAGAUGAGAAAAGCUCAAAAACUCUCUGAACUGAUGGAAAAACUACAAAUGCCUGAUUCGGACGUGCCUGAAGUGCACCGAGGAAAUGAAAUGACAGGGUGUGAUCCGCCUGGUUCAGAAUCAAAAAGUAAUCUAUCUUCAGAGAUCAUCCUCACACCCUCAUCAGUUGUACUUUCUCAAACUCAAUUGGAUAUUCCAAAUGGAGAAAAAAACAAUUCUGAAGCAUGAUGGCUGGACAGAACUUUUCUGUAAAAUGAUAUUUAAAACUAGUAGUUACUUAUAUAUUUUUUAAAAUGUGUUAUGACUGCAUAUCUAAGACUACCUUGUUAUUGUCACUUACAUUGGUAUUUUAAUUUAAUGUUUUCAAGUUUAGGGUAAUUGUUAUAAUACCUGACACCAUAUAUUUUUGUUUGUUCACUCAAACAUAACUUUCUAUUAUCAUAUUGGGUCAGUAACUGUAUUUGUGGCUCGUGGCAAUCUUCAAUCACAUAAAAAAGCCCUUAAACCUAACUGCAGUAAAUACCACAGCUAAUGUUAAAUAGAUACUUAAGGAAAAACUUGUGUUGUCUCAUGGAGGUGCAUACACAUACGUAAUCAAGGUGUUUUUGGUUCUUGAUUCCUUACUAGCUCUGUACUUUGUCCCUACACUUUAAGGUAUCUUAGCUCACCAUCAUGUUGUUGCUACCUCUUAGCUUGUCCACAGCGAUUAGUGUAAGCCUCUAAGUAUAGUCUUCCAUAUCAAGAUCACUUGAAAAAAUUAAAAUUGUAAGUCUGUUCUGUGCCUAGUUACAAUAUGUGUGAUGAAUGAGAUCUGUUUAGUUUAACUGGAAUCUGUGAAAUGUCAGUCUUUAGAAAGUGCAUUUAUUUGCUUUUACACCUAACACAUCUUUGAAUCCAGUUUUAAAUCGUGAUAUUCUGCUUUAAAUAUAUAUAUAAUAUUCACCGAGUUUCUCUCAUCACAGCUUUGUAUCAAUUGACUGUUAAUGUGCUUUUGUUGUUUGUUCAGUGAAAGCAAAUUUGUGAUAAACAUUUUCCUUCAGUUA